CGCAAGCCAAGGGCGGACUGUUCCUUUCAGUGUAUUCCUGCAAGUGGCCAAAUGAAGCCUAAGACCAUUUGUAUGCUGGUUGUUUUGGUAGUGAUAGCCGUUACUGGAUAUGGACAACAAAGUGGCCGGCGGCAGGCGAGGUCCCUGUCGCAGGCGAGCAGCCAGGCUUCAUCCUACGGCUCUGGCGGCGUGGGGGGCUACGGCCCCUUAGGCUAUGGUCUGGGAGCCCUGGGGGGAUCCCCCUACCCAUACCCUGGGGGAUUUGGUGGCUACCUUCCGUCAUACGGCGGAAAUCCGUAUCUAUCCUGGGGUCCUUAUGGUUACGGUCAACCAUUCUUUCGGUAGGAUAACUUCGGACGGAAAGAAAUUUGCAAGAAAAUCGAUUAUUCAUCUUCAAUAUUUGCUACAUAUUCUGUGUGAUUUUUGCUCAGUGACUGUAUGUAGGUUGACUCCUGUUCAUUGGUACUAAUUGUGCCAAUAUGCACCUCUAUUGCUCGAGUGAACUUCAAAGCGCAAUUGGAAUACUAGUUAUUCAUAACUUGAUGUCGUAACUUGUCAGUAUGUACACAGUUUCUCUUGUGCCUCAUGGGAGCUUUUCUUGUAACAAGAAAGUUAUAAUGAUGAUCGAUACUCUUAAAUAAUGGCUUCGUAUUUUGCAUAAAGUACCUGACGAAGCUACCAAAAAGAAUAAUUUUGUAUAUUUCUGAUAUCACUGUU